GAAUUGGAACACUCAGAUGAGAUUUCUCAGCACUAUGGAGCACAACUCAGCGCUUUUGUAUAGAUACUCGCUGGUCAUUCUGGUCGUGGGCUUUGCUACUCCUAUUGCCAUCAGGUGGAUCACAAAACUUCCAUGCGCAUCAUUCAUCGUCGAUAAAAUCAAUCCAUACCUCAUCUGGCCAUCCACAAUCGGCACAUACCACGUUCGUCCGCUUCCUUGGCUGCUCGGAAACGCACCCACUCUAGGGCAGGCCUGGUACAUCGGCGGCUUUCUACUUCUCAACAUCAUUCUUUCUUGCCUUAGCUACUGGCCUGUAUACCCACUUCCACACCCAUGGGGCUACAACAAACGUGGCGAGAUUCUUGCCUACGCUGGAUAUCGGACCGGCGAAUUUGCUUUCGCGCUCCUUCCGCUUACGAUUCUUUUCGCCGGACGAAAUAAUAUCCUGCUCUGGCUCACAAAUUGGUCUCACUCUACGUAUAUCCUCUUACAUCGCUGGAUUGCACGCCUCUUUGCGAUUCAUACGAUUCUCCACUCCAUCUUCUUAUGGGCGGCGCGCGUUCAAACUGGCACGUAUAACAAGGAUGUGAAACUGCCGUACUGGCAAUGGGGCAUCGUUGGCACUGUCUUUGUCUGUGUUAUGCUUGUCUUCAGUCUUCUUUGGAUGCGUCGGUUUUCAUAUGAGGUGUUUCUUAUCGGCCAUAUCAUCAUGGCCAUCCUUGUUAUUGUUGGCAGCUGGUACCACUUGAUCCUACGAUUCGGUAAAACAGGAACCCACGAAUACUGGCUCUACGCUGCCUUCGCCGUUUGGGCUUUCGAUCGUUUGCUUCGCAUCCUCCGCAUGGUUAAAAACGGAGUACGGAAGGCAACAGUAACGGAAAUUGGUUCGACACAUGUCCGCGUUGAAGUACCUGGCGUCAGGUUCAGCGGUAAGCCCGGCUUCCACGGCUACGUCUACUUUCCGACUCUCAACCCUCUAAAGCCCUGGGAAAACCAUCCUUUCUCUAUCAACUCUACGGCUCUCCUCCGCUCCUAUGGUAUCGGCCCACAUAGUCCGGGAAACUCGCUUCGCCGCUCGCCCAAGGAGGACGGCAAGAUCGAAACCAAAGUCACGGAGUCUCAUGCACACCACGACCCGGGCACCACUGCCGGCAUAACCCUAUAUGUCCGCAAGUCUACCGGCAUGACCCGCCUACUGCAAAAGCACGCUAGCCUAAUAACCCUCCUCGACGGGCCAUACCCAAACAACCCUCCUUCCGCCGUGCUGAGCUGUGACCGGCUGCUGCUCAUAGGGGGCGGUAUCGGUAUCACCGGCCUCUUGGGCUUCUUCCGUGCUCAUGUGGACGUCAAGCUUGCGUGGAGCGUGAAGCAAAUCCACGCAGCGGUCGUGCAGGAUCUGGAAUCAGCGGUGAGCAGCGUUUCCGACAGGGAGAUUCGCAUUGGUGAGCGACUAGACAUCAGAGCGCUGUUGCAACAGGAGGUUCAGGCUGGAUAUAAGAAGGUCGGCGUUGUGGUGUGUGGGCCUGGAGCCCUGUGCGACGAUGUGCGCGCGGUGGCGGCGAGCCUGGGGCGGCAUGAGAAGACAGUGUUUGAGCUGGAAGUUGAUACUUUUGGGUGGUGAUGGCAGCAUGUAGGAUGACGGCGUAUACCACCCGGUGAG